CAGAGAAACAAAAUAUGGAUCUGAUUCAACCUAAUUUCAAAAUCUCCAGCUGCUGCGACCCACCUCUUCUCCCCACUCCUUAAACAUUAUAUAACACACACAGCCCUAGCACACUAAUCUGGCCUCUCUUCGUUGUCGCCGGGGGGAACUGCUCGUCUAUCCUUGAUCUUCAGCUUUCAGAACCUGCCGGUCACGUCGCUCUCAUUAUCAUAUUGGUAGUCAUGGUUUUGGUCUUGUUGUUAGGCCCGCCCUCUCUGUUCUGAUGGCUAGGAAAGGCCGGUUUACCAAAAAGGCUAAAUCAGGACCAGCAUGCCAGCAGUCUCAAAAGGCACCGGCUUCGGCUCCGUCUCCGACUUCGGCUCUGCACCAAGAUGAAUCUGAAAUUCCCCAAGCAAGCUAUGGUGGUGUCCAUACAACUGUACGCCCGUUCCGUCCACCACGCAGUGAACCAAGGCCUGCUCCACAGACGCGCACUUAUAGCAGUCAAAACUCGGAGCUGGGAUCCGACCAAGUGGAUACCAAUGCUCAUGAAGUGGAUUCUAUUGACCAAGAAGUUGACGACCGCUCUGUUGCUUCUAGAGCUCAGAGUCGCAAAGGACGGAAGACCACAGAGUAUUGGACGGUUAAGACCAUCGAUUCCGAUGGCACAAUCAAGGCGGCUAACAUCAGUGUGAGGGAGGCUAUGGAACGGUCCAAUGGUAGAAGGAUCGUACUUAGGUUCAACAAUGAAAAGCAGCCAGUUGGAGACGAAGCUGGCCUGUUGAGUGGCGUUCUUGGCAUGCUUGGAUCUGACUACGGUAAAUUCCCUAUCUGCGAGGAAAGUUGGCGUCACGUUACCACUAAGGAAAAAGUUUAUUUCGAAUGUGUCAAGCAAAUCUUUGAGUUUGAUGAAGAUAGUGACGGAGUUAUAAAAAAAAUAUUUUGAAAAGUAUGGGGAAGUCCUGGAAAGAUACAAGGCUAAGGUUGUAUGAUGAUUACUACGAGCCAACACUGUCGACUGAAGAAAAUAUCGAGAACCGUCCGCCAGGAAUUGAUUGAGAUCACUGGCGAUGGUACCUUGAUUAUCGCGCCAAACCUGAGACGAAAGUAAAAAUAGUAUUUAUAUUGGUAUAAUAUAGUACAAUCCCCUUUGCAUUGUGUCUUUUUUAAAAUAGCUUCUAACGACCGUUUAUCUCUUAUGGACCAAUAGGAAAAGUGCAGGAAAAAUGCAUUAAAUCGAUCAAAACAGCUGUAUACACACACUGGCUGUUCAAAAAGCCUGGCUCGGCGGAGGGAAGAAGAGUAAGAAUAAGAAGGAAGGAUAGUCAGUAGAGGAGAGUUGUGGAUCAAGGUUCACAAAAGAAGGGAUGGCUCUUAUAUUAAUGAUGAGGCGAGAGAAAUUGGUGAAAGACUUCUGGAGAUUGAGCAAGAAGAUGAGUCUUCUAGAGUCUUGUCUUAAAAUGAUUCCCUUGCUCAGGUUUUUGGAAGAGAGAAACCGGGUAGAGUGCAUGGAGUGGGUCUUGGACUGACUCCUUGUCAACUCUUUGGUACAAAUUUGCGGCCAUCAGUAAACCGAGUCCUAGAAGAGGAGACGCAAAGGAAGCUGAAUGAACUACAGACAGAACUGGAAGCUGAGAAGUUGAAAAGGAAGGCGAUGGAAGAUGAAGCAGCAGCAGACAAGAAAAGGAUAAAGGUAAUGGAGAGUGCUUUGAUUUAUCUUUUUCAACGGCAGGGUAAGGAGCUGCCACCAGAGAUUGCUGCAGGGAUGUGUUAAGUGGUUUUGAUUCAGUAGAAAAUAGUAGUUUAGGAUUGAAAUUGUUUUGGAUGGAUGCAUACUUUUUUUGAAGUAGACUACGCAACUCUUAGCAAGAGAUUUAUUUUGUUGAUAUUUUGAUAAAUACAUUUUGGUUUUUGGAUAUUUUUCU